AUGGGUUCCUUGCAAUCCCCAGAUGAAGAGAUCAAGCUCUCAAAGGAGCCAUUGGAAAAGAUCGCGAGCCAUGAUGAAGGGCUUCCCACCCGACAAGCCCUACUCGAAGCCCUCAAGGCAGAGAGACCCUCUCCUUGGUCGCCAAACCUGAGGAAACUCUAUGUCUUCUGCCUAAUCGCGUUUCUUUGCUCAUUAAUGAAUGGAUACGACGGGUCUAUCUUUGGAUCUCUUCCUGCGCUGGACUCCUUCAGGAAACAGUUUGGAGUUCAGAAGAAUGGUUCUAAAAUAGGUUACAUCUCGGCAAUGUACACGGUUGGGGCAAUCUGCUCAUUGCCAUUCAGCGGACCAGCCUGUGAUAUCCGUGGCAGGAAAUGGGGCACCUUCAUCGGUUGUAUUAUUGUCGUCGCUUGCACUUUUGUCUCCGCCACGGCCCGCGGCGUACCGCAAUUUGUUGCCGGUCGAUUCUUACUGGGCUUCGGAGUCAACAUUGUGCGUUCGACAAGUUCUAUUUGGUGUGCAGAGGUCUGCCCACCUGCUUAUCGUGGAAUCAUCAUGGCGUUUUAUAACUGCACGUACGCUGUCGGCUCCCUCAUCGCUGCUGGCGUGACCAGAGGAUCGGCUGGGUAUGAAGGCAACAAGUCGUGGCAAAUUCCGUUGUAG